AUGACCAGAACAGCUAAACCCAAAGGUACAGACGCUAAACCCUCUAGACACGCGGAGACCGCCUCCCUCGAGACUGCGGAUGCACCACCGAUGACAACCGCCGCCGUGGUAUCCCCUGAAAUUGAGAAAGGGAAGGAAUAUCCCUACCAAGAUUCCCCAUACGACCACAAGUUGAAAGUUUUGAACGGCGCUAUGCAGACUAUCGGGUUUGGGAAGUACCAUCGUCGCCUUGCAGUCGUAGCAGGCUUUGGUUGGUUCAUCGAUGGCGCGCUACCGUUGCUCGCUGGUCUUCUCAUCCCUACACUCAUCUCAGAGUUCAAGAUUGACGGUGCAUACUUCGUCGUCACUGUCUACAGUGGGAUGCUUGCCGGCGCAUGCAUCUGGGGAGUCGCAUCCGAUCUUCUUGGCCGAGUGCUUCCAUUCAAUCUGACUCUAUUAGUCUCCGGGGUAUUUGCUCUAGCGUCUGGAGGCGCGAACAACUUCGCAACGCUGGCCAUCCUCGUUGGCCUCAUGGGAUUCGGAGCUGGAGGAAACAUCCCCAUCGACUCGGCUAUCUUCCUCGAAUUCAUGCCUUCAACACACGCCAACCUUCUGACCACUCUUUCCAUGUAUUGGAUCUUCGGCAACAUCCUCAUGACCCUGGCCGCGUGGCCUCUGAUGACCUAUUACUCCUGUGAGUUUGCGGCUGAAGGUCAGAUUUGUCGUAAAGAGGACAAUAUGGGUUGGAGAUAUCUGAUGUUCAUCAUCGGCUCCUGCACUAUCGUCCUCUGGGCGAUCAGGUUCUGGCUAUUCCCGAUAUACGAAAGCCCGAGGUAUCUGCUUGGCAGAGGUCGUGAAGAGGAGGCAGUCCAGGUCGUUCAGCGAAUCGCUGCGUUCAAUGGAGUGCCAACGUCUCUUUCGGUGGAAGACUUCAGAGUUGCAAGGCGCGAUGACGGCGGAGAAGACGCUACCAAAACGCUUUCCAUAUUCGAGAAAGCGAGAUUCGUGGCACAGCGAGUGAAAGCUCUCUUCCAGCCCGCAAAGACGGCGGUAUCGACGGUGAUUUUGAUCGUACUUUGGAGCUCUAUUGGUUUGGGGACCGCGCUGUACUACAGCUUCCUCCCAUAUUUGUUGGCUUCAAAAGGGGCGGUCUUUGGAGAUGCGUCUCUGUCCAUCGUCUACAGAAACGCAACCCCUUAUCUGGCCAGUAAAGCCGUCGAUUUGCCCUAUCUGGGACGGAGAUGGACGAUGUCUUUCACCUGCGUCCUGUCCGGCGCGUGCCUGCUCGGAAGUACCACCUCCAGAAGUUCGAACGCCCUACUCGGUUGGAACUGUGGGUACUCAUUCGCGAGUAACGCCAUGUAUGCCGUGAUGUACAGUUUCACUUCCGAAGUCUUCCCCACUCCAAACCGAGGGACGGGGAAUGCUCUCGUGUCUAUCUUUGGGAGGAUAUCGAAUGUCAUCGCUCCCCUCAUUGCACUUCAUCUCGAUGUCAGAGGCUCCGCACCUGCGUAUAUUGGAGGUGGGUUGACCACAGCGGCUGCCAUUCUGCCUUUGUUGGUCCAGUACGAACCUAGGGGCAAAGAGGUCAUAUAG